AUGACAAUCAAAAUCGGCGUGUUGGACCGCAGUAGGGGGGAUGGUGCCAUCUCCCGAGAAGAAUGGAAGAGGGUGGCGGCGGCCAACUCUGCCGUGUUCCUGAAGGUGAUUAGGGGAAACCCUGGGCCACCUCCGGAUUGCGAAAGUGCUGGUUGGUACUACGGGCUUCACAAGCUGAUUAGGUGUGCGGAUGAACGAUCGGCAGUGCUCUAUAAAGAGGCGGUCUCUCUCGUGGGGGAGGUUUGGGAAGGGGCCAGAUUGGAGGCUGUAGACAAGGCAGAUUUGCCACUGCGUCCUAGGGCUCGCGUCUGGCUUCCAGCUGAACCCUCCUCUGCGGGGGAAAUCGAGGAUAUUAUAAAAUAUUGUAAUCCCUCGCUGCCAGCACACGACUGGAAGGUGAUACGGCUCGAGAAAACCGAAGAACCCUAUCGGCAAGCGCUGAUACUGCUUAAUGCGGAGUCCAUCGGUCCUCUCAACGAGCUAAAGGGGGCCAUUAGUUAUGGCUUUGAGAAGGUAACUCUGAGAGUUCUCUCCACCGAAGCCAAGACGGACUGCUUGCAGCCUGCGACGCUUCAAACAGAAGCGGAUGGUCAAAUGACCAUGGAAGUGGACCAGGUCCCCUCGGAUGCUGCCAGCAUUGGGGGCGGCUCGUCAAUCGAUGAGUCCGCCUUCGGUCUGGAUAAGCUGUUCGUCGAAGAGCAAGAGGAAGGCAAUCCAAGCGCUGAACUAGCGUUACUGGAGGAGAGUCUGUAG